AUGAAUAAUAUUACACAAAGGACCGCCAACCUGGUCACUGGCGUAUUGAAAUAUCCUCCGCGCUUACAAAGGCUCAGCAUUGGCAACAAACAAUUGUUACAACUGCGAUACUAUCACGCCUACCAGCAUCGCCCUGCGCUCGACGAUCCUUAUGACCUCGACGACGUAUACGACGUUACCCUUGCACCAUUCAAGAAAUCGUACGCCGUCGGUAUCCUUCUGGAGCCCCCCUCGUGGCUGGCCAUCACGCGCGUCAAGUCCAAAAGCAGUGGUCAGCACAAGCGGCAGAAGCAAGGGGAAUUUCCAGAGCAAACAAGCAUGCUCUCCCAAGCAGACAUUGUCUGGGCCCCGACGGCCGACACUGCAGGGUCCGCGAUAUGGCUGCACUGCGACACCCGCCGCUACUUGAUUGGAAGAAUCCCCGAGGGUACUCAGCGUGUGCUAGCCGAUAGGUCUAACGACAGGCCCAUGAUCAAGCUUGAGGAAAUAAUGGUCACUGGCCCCAUCGGCUCCGAAACAUGCAGCGGCCUCAUGGGCAUGGUGCUCACUCUAGCGGCUUCCAAAUCGAUGGCUAUCAAGGACAAUCCUUCCAAAAGCAAAAAGAACGAAGCAAAGGCCUCGAAUUUGAACAGGUUGCGGUUGCGCGGGGGCAGGAACUUGCCCUACUAUCUUGCCAUGGGUCGCAGCUUCAUAUUGCGCCAGAAACUGCCCCUGGAUGUGAACGAGAUUCUGGCCGACCCGAGGCUAGAAGAUCCGACCAAUUCCGAACAUGACUGGGAAGAUGAAAAUAUUCGUGUGUGGCACGUUCCAUUAUCAGCCAACACAAGCCACUCCCCCGGUGGCAGAAAGCGGGCCAAGGUUAGUCAUGGUGAUAGUGAGCCUGGGCCCGAGAUGCUUAGUGAAACAGACCAGCAGCUUGUCAAGUCGGUGCUCAUGACCAUGUUCGAGACUGAUUGGCGGCUAGACGGCCUUGUCGAAACAAAACUGUCCCAGGUCCGGAGCAGGGACACCACUCUAUAUGUACGCAAGAACGGCAACCUGGAGGAAUACCAGGGUCCUCGGCCUGGAGGCUCGGAACCCCUUCCAGAUAUAACCGUUUUGACCAGGAGAAAUUGGCAUCCAAGCCAAAUACGGAAUCUCCCCAAAACCUCUCCUUCCAGUACAUCAAUGUGCUACAUAGUGAAGUUGCAUUCGCGCCGUGGCAAGUUUGACAGUGCAGCCGCAGAUAAACUUGGGCUCCAAAAGAAGCAAAGAAGUCUGGUAUGCAGGGGCCAGUCGGUCACCACAGCCUCUGGCAAUGUGAUCACGCCUGAAAUGGUCAUGGCCCCUCCCGUUCCCGGUGUGGGCUUUGCUGUGAUCGACGUUCCAUCGGCUGAUUACGUCGAAUCCUUGCUUUCCAGGCCAGAAUGGGAUAACGAAAAAAUAAUGAGUGACAUGGUCGCCAUCUACUGGACACUUGGUCAAGGCCUGGCAGAUGACGAGAGAAUCUUGGCAUUCAUGAGAAAGUACAGUCACCUGAGACACACCGUCUCAUCGUUGGAUGUUUGUGCGAACCAUAUCGCCUUUGGGAAGUCGGCCAAAGGCAUCAUUAGGCAUCACUACCUAGACAAGAAGCGCUUCCCUUUACCAGUCUUCAACAACGCUGAGCCGAUGGGCGAUUUGUCAUCGAAACCCUUUGUGCCAGCGAAACCCGAGGUUAGAUUAGAGCUGGCCCCCAGGCAAGUAUUCCAAGACGACAGAUCACCACCGCUGGUGGCUACUGCUGCUCAAGAGCUCCAACCUUCUUCGGCAGUCAAAGAACUCAUCGACGUCGCUCGCGAGACUGUCAACAAGCAAGACUUUCAGGCUCUUGUCCAAGCGGACAAUAAAGACCUGCCUUGCCCCGAUGCCGAAGUGAUUGCUCUCGGGACUGGCUCCUCGUUACCCUCUGUCUAUCGCAACGUUUCAGCUACACUUGUGCGCGUCCCAGGCGCCGGAAACUAUCUGUUCGACUGUGGCGAAAGUACGCUCAGCCAGCUUCGUCGUCAUUAUGGCAUCGAGGGGGCCGACGAGAUACUGCGCGACCUUCGCGUCCUCUGGCUUAGCCAUCCUCACGCAGACCACCACCUUGGUACCGCAAGGCUUCUUCAGGCAUGGGAUGCAGCUACUUCGUCCCUCAGCGCAACCACAUCAGAAGGAUCUCCCCGGUUCCUCACGGUGGUCGGCCCAAUGUGCCUCAUGAACUACAUUCAAGAACACCAAAAUGUCGAGUAUAUUAGCAACCGUCUGACCCUCAUCGGCGUCAUGAGGCCCAACAGAACCACUCGCAUUGCGGAGCCCAUCGUGUUUACUGAGAGUCAACAAGCCAACAUCGGUGGCCUUACGCGGAUAGACGUGGCCAAGACCGACCACUGCUUCGAUUCGUUUGCAACGGUGUUCACCUGGGAGAAGACGGGCCUGAAGGUGGCCUACUCGGGCGACUGCCGCCCAUCAGACGAAUUUGUCCACAUAGGCCAGGGCUCGACGUUGCUCAUACACGAAGCGACCUUUGAGACUGAAAAGCAGGGUGAUGCCAUCGCCAAGAAGCACAGCACCAUGAGCGAGGCCAUGGAUGUGGCGAGGCGCAUGAAGGCGCGCAGGGUACUGAUGACUCACUUUUCACAACGCUACGCGAGCAUCCCCAGAGAUAUAGCGCGACGGAACAGCGCCGACGGGGACAUGAUUGUCCUGUUCGCGUUUGAUCACAUGAGGGCCAAGCUCGGCGAGUUCACCGAAGCGGUCGAGUUCUUGCCGGCUCUGCAGAAGAUGUAUGACAUCGUGUUGGAGGAAGAGGGCGAUGAGGCCGGUACCAGCGUUCCUGAUCUGGCUGCGGGACAAGUCGGUGAAGAGUUGGCUCAAGAUGAAGCUGCUGCUGUUAAUUAG